AUUGUGGCAGACAUGACUGGGCUAAGAAAUCGGUUCAACGGAUCAGUCUCUGGUCUUCAUCGUCUCCUCCACUUUCUUGGUCUUGAUUCUUCACCUGGAUCUAGUAAAUGGAAAACGAAACUGUGGGGCAGCAUUGUUUUUUUGGUUAUGUUUCAAGCUGGCCUGUACGUGUUCGUUUUGCGGUCUUUUCCUUAUUUUAAAUGCUUCCUCAUCAAAUUGAAUGCCACCAUUACCUUGUUGGACCGCUUCACCCGCUUUUUCAGCGUCGGCAGCAUACACUUAAUUUUACUUUUGAAAUUGGACAGUUUUCUGGACUCAUUUUUCAACCAAUUAAAUCCAAUUGAUUUACAAUUAUGCCUUCCCAAGUUGUCCAGAGUUCGUCGUUUGGCCACCGCCGGAGUAGUUUGGAUCUUUUUCGUGUGUAACAGUCAAGUCAUUUGUGCAACGUACGUGGAGCUUGUUGAAGCUCCAAGAAAAUAUUCCAUCUCUUUACUAGAAAGACUACAGCAAUUCAUUCGUCUUGAGAGUUACAUGAUUUUGGAUGUUUCUGUGGUGAUCUUUUGCACCCUCGGGGAACUGUUGGUGAUCUAUUAUCGACAACUGGCAAAUGACGUAAUUCUUUGUCCGUCUUCAAAAGAUUUCUUCCGCUUCUCAUCCAUUUCAACUCAGCUCUCGUGCACUGCUGCUUUUCUACGAACUCAGUUUUCUAGCAUCUUGUUGGUCAACUGCAUUCAUUCGUUCGUCUGCCUGCUUCUUUUCGCUGAUGCGCUAAUAUCCGAACUUCAAAAUCCUAACUUGAAGAUUACUGCACUUUGGACAUCUAUCGUUUUAAUUGAUUGCUUAGUUCGUUUAUGGUUGAUUGGCCAUACUGCCGACAAAAUUCGCACUGCCAGUCAACGAUGCAUUCGUAGCCUGAGACAUCUGAGAGAUCAUACUUUAUUGGAUAUCAACCCUUCGUAUCAGCGCAAUCAGAUUACAUUGGCUAUAGUGGAAAUUCCCAGGACGCUACCACAUUUUAAGUUGUUCGGGAUGAUCACAUUGUCCAAGGAACUCGUGUUUGGGGUAUAAUUUGAACAUAACUAACUUCAUAUCUUCGGUUCUCCAUAUUUUCGAUUUUCUAAUUAAGUCACUUUUAACAGGUACUGGAGACAA